GCUUUGGGGACUUUGGUUCACCAGAGGUCCAGAGUUCCAGAAACAGAAACUUUGCGAAUUGUCGAAGAAGACUUGCAGAGAAGUUCCAGGCUUUCUAGAUUUUUGCUUACCUGAGAGACUUCUUGGAUUGUAGUAUCGAUCUCUCACCCUCGUAAGAGAAAUAAGUAAACCAGAAGGCAGAUUAUAAACGUAUUGAUUAGUUGGAGGAAGGGAUGCCGUCCCAGAAGAUUGAAACAGGUCAUCAAGAUACUGUUCAUGAUGUUGUAAUGGAUUACUAUGGAAAACGUAUUGCCACUGCGUCAUCCGACUGCACUAUCAAGAUAAUUGUGGUUAGCAGCUCCCCUGCUUCACAGCAUCUUGCCACUCUCACUGGUCAUCAAGGCCCCGUCUGGCAGGUUGCCUGGGCCCAUCCCAAGUUUGGUUCCAUCGUUGCUUCUUGUUCUUAUGAUGGAAGAGUGAUAAUUUGGAAGGAGGGUAACCAGAAUGAGUGGACUCAAGCCCAUGUUUUUGAUGAUCACAAGGUAUCUGUCAACUCUAUUGCAUGGGCUCCUCAUGAACUAGGCCUCUGCUUGGCUUGUGGAUCGUCUGAUGGGAACAUUUCAGUGUUUACAGCCAGGUCUGAUGGUGUUUGGGACACCACGAGGAUUGACCAAGCUCAUCCCGUGGGAGUCACUUCAGUUUCUUGGGCCCCUCCAAUGGCUCCUGGUGCACUCGUUGGAUAUGGACAGUUUAACCCUGUUCAGAAGCUCGUCUCUGGUGGCUGUGAUAAUACUGUGAAGGUGUGGAAGCUGUACAAUGGGAAUUGGAAGAUGGAUUGCUUCCCUGCCCUUCACAUGCACACUGAUUGGGUGAGGGACGUGGCUUGGGCACCUAACUUGGGCCUUCCUAAGUCUACUAUUGCCAGUGCUUCGCAGGAUGGGACUGUAAUUAUAUGGACUGUGGCCAAGGAAGGGGAUCAAUGGGAGGGAAAGGUUUUGAAUGAUUUUAAGACCCCAGUCUGGAGGGUCUCAUGGUCGCUGACUGGAAACAUUUUGGCUGUGGCUGAUGGGAACAACAAUGUAACAUUAUGGAAAGAAGCGGUGGAUGGUGAGUGGCAACAAGUAACAACGGUGGAGCCUUAAAGUCCAGGUUCUUCAUUUCUUCUGCUGCUACUACCAUAUCAUGUCGUAUUUGUUUUUAAUUUUUUCCACCUGCUGUGUGUAUGGCCUUUCUUAUUUUCUCCCUUUCUUUGUUUUUUGUUUCUUCUUUUUUAAAUCAGGGAGUUAAAUAGUAUGUUCAAAUGUUGUUAGUUCAGAACUAUUAUUUUUGUGAAAGAAAUGAUGAUUGAAAAAUAGUUGUAACCCCUUUUCCUUUUCUAUUAUAUGAAUGGAAUUUCAUUCCAAUUUAGAUUCUUU